UCUCACGCCGAGCUCACUAUGGGAAGAUUCACUUUCUCAUGCUUCUUUCUUCCAUUUUGACUCUCCCAUUCGAAUCUCUUUCUCACGUUCGCUCUCCACAUCCCACCAGCACUCAUUCUGGACCAUGAAUCCAGAGAGGAAUCCGCAGCAUAAACUGUUUCUUUCUCUCUCCCACUCAGUCUGAUCGAAAACAUUGAACGGGAAGGACGCGUUUCGUCGUCGCGGCCAUUCAACGAGUUUCGUGUUCCUGUGGUGUGGGUUUGUGCUGCUGUUGUUGAGGACGGUUUUGAUUUAAUGGAAUUGUGACUCUUAUCAACAUAGAAUAAAUAUAUAAUGUUCUCUCUCUGAUCUGCUAUAAAUGUAGAAAAGUUUUAAAUCCUAAGCAACAUAAAUGAGAUGUGAAAUUGUGCAAAAGGUAUGCGUUCAAACAAUGAUUCGCCUCGAAAUGAAGUGCUAAACAAUGGAAUGCUGUUAGAAGAAGAGACAAUAAGAAUCACAACAUUCAAUCCACCGACUACUGGUCAAUGUCGCUGAAAGUGACUUACGGGUGGCCUAAUGUGUAGCUUUGUGCUGUUCCCACCGAAGGGAUACCGCUCAACCGGCACACAUACGCCCCACUACACACGCUCAGCCACAUACUCCAGAUAGCAACGGCUACUGCGCCGUAGUCGUAAACAUGAGGAUAACAGCAGCGACAUUGUUUCCAUUAUUUAUCGGCUUGUUCGGCUUGGUGGAGAACGUAAUUGGUCUCAAAGUGAAUAAGGAUCACCAACACCAGCGACAGCUCGCAGGUGGUCCGCUCGACCGAGGUCGAGCAGGGCACACCGCGGUAAACGACGAUUUUGGCUACAUUUCCGAUGCCAUGCUGCCGGAUGUACAUGGCGACAGUACCAGCUCGCUCGGUGCAGCCAUGUCAAAGGGCGCCAGCAGUGCUGGUGGUGGUCCACCAUUCAAGUCGGAUGUGUCCACCAGCUUACCGGCUUUCUCCGGGACAGUUACCAAUGCAAAACCGAUGUUCGGAGGUUCCGACGACCGGUACGAAGAAGAAGAAGAAGAGGAUGAAGAGGAUGAAUACGAGGAUGGUGGCGAGCUGUUGGGGAACUUCGAUGAAGACAGUCGAGCCACCGAGGAUCGAGCUACGAAUGAGAAAGCGCAUGGCUCGCUGGACUACACCGAUAACUUUGAGGUAGCCGCUAUCGAUCAGAUCGAGAGCUUUGGAGCGGGCAAUGACGGGACUCCGCUUCCGGUGUUUCUAGUCGAGCCAAAGAGCACUUAUGUAAUGAAGAACCGACCAGCCAAGCUGUACUGCAAGGCGUCGCAUGCACUACAGAUCUCAUUCAAGUGCAGUGGAAGUAAAAAACCUCCACCGACCGAAAAGGAACAUCAUACCGAUCCACACAGCGGCGUUCAGCUGCAAGAAGCGACGGCCACCAUUACCCGCGAGCAGGUCGACGAGUUCUUCGGUGAAGGUUCAUUCAAAUGUGAAUGCCGUGCCUACUCGUCCCGUGGCCAUGUCAAGACGCAACCGGUUACGAUCCAAGUGGCAACUAUUAAGAAACAAAUCAGCAUCUCACCAAAGAUCGUGCGCGUUACGUCGGGCGGUCGAGCAGAGCUGGAUUGCAUCGCUAAUGCAACACCGGCAGCCAAAGUUGAGUGGCUAAAGAACGGUGUCCCGGUACAACCCAAUCCACCGUACGUAAUGCUGACUGACAGCUCUCUACUAAUAUCGCGAGUUGGCUUGCAGGACAUGGCCAAUUACACAUGUGUAGCUGAAAAUAUAGCUGGUAAACGCGUUUCUGAGCCAGCGUUAAUCGUCGUUAGUGUCGAUGGAGGAUGGAGCCAAUGGGGUCCUUGGACGGAUUGCAAAUGUUCCGGCCAUCCUGAGCAAGGCAAGAAACGAACGCGUGUCUGCAACAACCCGGCUCCAAUUAACGAUGGAGCCACAUGCCAAGGAUCGAAUACAGAGUCAUCUGACGAUUGUUUGCCGUGUGUUGUCGGACGAUGGUCGAACUGGUCGGAGUGGAGUGACUGUAGCCAGGACUGCACCCAGAUUCGGCAGCGCCUCUGUAUCGGAAGCACUUCAGCUGCUCAAAUAGCAUCGUCCGGGAGUGUUUCGGUGACCACAGCUGCCUUACCUACUAACGGCUCGUCGGCUCAAGCAUUUGCUAUCGACAAUGGGACCAUCGUCAGCUGCGUUGGAAAGAGCCAACAGUCCAUCAAAUGCUCCGAUGGAUUGUGCAAUAACAAAGCCCGAGAUUCCAACUGGUUCGUGUAUCUAUGGGUUUCUUUGUUUGCCGUCUUUUGUAUUGCAACAACUUUUGGAAUCUUCAAGUUCGUCAGGAGAAAGAAAACGAUUCCCACCUAUAGUUUGGCCCGUUCAGACCUUCCAACACAGUAUUUCACGUACGAAAGUAAAAAGCUAACCCAGUGCAAUCCCGAUCUGACACAAAACACGGGACCAAUCGAUUACGAGUACCCGCUGACGGAAAUUCAUCAACGAAAUUCAUCCAACGAUCAUAAUCGUCCUCACCAGAGCAUGUUGCAUUUCCAGCACGGUAGCAGUCUCUUAACUACCGAAAUCGAUGAAAUCGGACCGCUGCGUCCGCAGAACCGAUUGCAGCAAGUGCCAAACGACGGAUUUCAACCGUUAUUGCCUUUACCCCGUCCCAAUUCGGAUCAUUAUUACGAUGAACCUUGUAUAUACAAUAAAACACAACUUCCCAACGGUUCGAGCAGUGUUUUAAUCGCCGCAGAGCGAAUGGAAAUGGAAAAAGUGAGAAAAAUGACCUAUUAUUUGUAUUUAUCCGAUGUUGAUAACUUGAGGUUCGUAUAAAUAAUAUCACAAAAG